CCACACGACACGGCCCCACCACUGCCGGUGCGCCUACGCCGGCCCACCGUUCACUUUGCGCACUCUUGUAUUGAUCGUCAAACGUCGCGCGCGUAUACCAGACAACAACUUAUAUUGUGAAGAGUAAUAUCGUGAUGGAGAAGGAGCACCAGCCAGACUCGAUGGCUACCAUCACCAUGAAGCCGGAGUACCCUCCCUCUGAAGUUUACAGCGCUUCAGAACCGCCUCCGGCUUAUCGCCAAAGGCUCUCAUCAUCAGUACAAAUCGCCCGGAUUGCCGCUUUGACGGUGGUAGCUUCCGCCUUUAUACUGGGCUCCUUCAUCCUGGCUUCCAGCUGGGUGGCGGCGCGGGCUUCCUGCCACCAGCUCGAACAACUCGACGCCAUGCUCGACAAAGAAUUGGCUCUCGAGGGAAGGUCAUAUGGAAACGACGCUUUAAUGCCCGAGGAGUUGCCAAUCGCAAACGCUCACGCGCUUCACGCACCGCCACCGCCACCAGCUGUGGACACCACAUCAGCGCCUGCGCAACAUAAGCCUGCAGCGUUAUCUCCGGACAGUUUGCUGAAGGCGGAUCCUCUCAAUCACGCCGAAUCUAAAAUCGAUGAAGACAAACUACAGAAAAUCGACGAUGAUAAGACUGACACGGCGAAUUCUGGAAGCGACGAGAGUUCCGAGUCCGACAGCUCUGCCGAGGAUGACGACGACGAGCUUAUUCGCCCGAUGUUCAAGUUGCCCAUCCAGUUCGACCUCGACGAACUCGCGGGUGCAUUCUUAGCUAACAACCAAAAAGGCCGCAUGAACUGCGUGGUGGAGAGAAGACAGGAAGAGCCCAUGGAGAGGCGAUUCCCAUUCAACAUCCUCGGAGCCUUCGCGCCCCGCAGUGCUCAGGCUGAACGUAUUGCCAUCAUCUGCCAUGGAGGCGAUGAAAGACCCAUGCCGAUGUUCCCUGAUCCUCAAUCGCAAGUGUUCGCGUUCCCACUGUCAGGACCAGUCCGCCUCCCCAUCAGACCGGCGCCAGCUUCUGAACGCGCUGAGCCACGAGGACCUUUUGGCAUGCCACAGAGAAACUCACCUUUCCCGCUACCGAUGCCAUGGGAUUCAUCCGAGGAGCAGAUGAACGGCCCGCGUGAGAUGCGCAUCCACGUGCAGCGCGUGAUCGCCAUCCCGUCCCCGCACAACAUGCCUCCGGCGCCCGAGAACAUGGGCCCCUUCCAACCCCCUCCACCACCACCACAGCCCCAGGAAAAUGAGCGUGAGCCCGAAGAAAUGACAGCGCCCCGCCAGAUGCGUGUAAUUGCUAUCCCAGCGCCUCACAACAUGCCCCCACCCCAAGACAACAUGGGCCCCUUCCAGCCGCCACCACCACCCCAGGCUCAAGACCAGAAUGAACAAUCCGCUGUUCUUCAUCAGUUCGUGCCACAGCCCGCCCCCACACAGGAUAUGGAGCAGCCCGAAGUCCAAAAGAUGCAAAUGGAAGGCAGCCCAAUUCAAAUGAACUUGCCAUGGGACUUGACUCCUGAGGACCUGCACAUGAUCCACCGCACUGCCCAGGAAGCUGUUGCUAACCAGCGUCGUGAACAACAAAUUGACAACGACAUGCAGGAGGUGAAGAGCAUCGUGAACACCCUGGCAGCGGCCGAGGUUGAGGCGGAGCAGGCGCAGGCCGCACAGGACAGGCAACAAGCACCGCGUGCGCCCCGCACUCUGCUGCUGCCCCAAGACAUGCCCGUAGACCAGAGACCGCAUUAUAUGCAGCCUCGCUCCGUGCGCAGCGUAGAUUCACCGCUGCAUCGCGAAAAGCGCGUGAAGCGUUGCUCUUGCGCUUGCCGUUAAACGAGCACCAUCGCUGCGCAAAUCUACAAAAGACACUGCGCAAAUGCGAAACGUGUGACAUUCUCCGUCCAUCCCUUAUAAAAUAGAUUUUGUUACAUGUGCGGUUUCGGUUUUUUUUCUGUAAAUAAAAUUGUUAAUUUUACAAUUAUUGCUGUUUAUUUUUAAACGUACACAUAGUUACUUGUCGUAAUGGUUUCGUAAGGGAUUUAUGUAUUUUAUAUUUUCACAUCAUUCCUCCUUUGCAAAUUUUAAACAAAAAGGUAAACACAUAAAUAAUUGUUUCUUUAAUGUGUUUUAAUAAGGCUCAACUUGUAAUGAUUUGUGUACAGUUUCCUUUCUUUCAAUGCCGUACCUACCGUAUUUGAAAAUCCAUCGGGGUGUUAUGUGGUCGUAAUUAUAACAUUAAAUUAAAUUUUACCUACAUUUGUGAUCCUAAAUUAAAAAUUAAUUAGUUUUAAAUA